AUGACCACUCGAGCCAUUGCCCCCUACACGCCUGAUUAUAUUUGCGAGAUGAUCAAGGGACGAGUGUUUCACAAGUCCAUGAGCGCUCGUGACCGCGCUGAAGCUCGCCUGCCCGCUUGGGCUGUACAAGGGCAAGUAGGUAGUAAACGCUCCUUCUUUGAUCAUGUCCCCAUCGUUCCUGCUCCUGUUGGUGGUUCUUUGGCUCCGUUGAAUGGAUCCACCGCUGAGUCCGAAAAUCAUAACAAGAAGGUCAAAACCGAACAAGGUCAAUCUAAACCCAACAUCGUAUGGGUUUCCGACUCAGAAGACAGCUCGACCGUCCUCUCAGAUGCCACCUUGGACGGCAUCGAGGUGAUGGCUCCUGAGGCGAUGUUGGAAACCUUCUUGAUGUCCUGUGAUAUUCCACCUGAGGACAUCAACACCCGAUUGACUUUGGCUAAAAUGCACGUUGAGAGUUGGACCGACCUGAUUCCCUCAGCCCAGAUGACCGAGUCAUCUUUAAUCAGCCGCGGUAUCGCCCAAGCCAUCGCUGGCCGCCUCCUUGCGGGGGCCCAAGCUCGCCAAAUGCGCUUAAGUGAAUGA